AUGUUGGGCUUUGUGGCACAGCAGACCUCAGCACAAGAUGUUUAUGCUGAGAAUGGGGUGGAAAACAAGGAGACACGCCACGAUUGUCCAAUCAUUCCACCUCACGUCAGGACAUUAAAUUACGGGGCACCGCCGAUCCUGCCCGGCACACGGUGUCACCGGGGCACCGCCGAUCCUGCCCGGCACACGGUGUCACCGGGGCACCGCCGAUCCUGCCCGGCACACGGUGUCACCGGGGCACCGCCGAUCCUGCCCGGCACACGGUGUCACCGGGGCACCGCCGAUCCUGCCCGGCACACGGUGUCACCGGGGCACCGCCGAUCCUGCCCGGCACACGGUGUCACCGGGGCACCGCCGAUCCUGCCCGGCACACGGUGUCACCGGGGCACCGCCGAUCCUGCCCGGCACACGGUGUCACCGGGGCACCGCCGAUCCUGCCCGGCACACGGUGUCACCGGGGCACCGCCGAUCCUGCCCGGCACACGGUGUCACCGGGGCACCGCCGAUCCUGCCCGGCACACGGUGUCACCGGGGCACCGCCGAUCCUGCCCGGCACACGGUGUCACCGGGGCACCGCCGAUCCUGCCCGGCACACGGUGUCACCGGGGCACCGCCGAUCCUGCCCGGCACACGGUGUCACCGGGGCACCGCCGAUCCUGCCCGGCACACGGUGUCACCGGGGCACCGCCGAUCCUGCCCGGCACACGGUGUCACCGGGGCACCGCCGAUCCUGCCCGGCACACGGUGUCACCGGGGCACCGCCGAUCCUGCCCGGCACACGGUGUCACCGGGGCACCGCCGAUCCUGCCCGGCACACGGUGUCACCGGGGCACCGCCGAUCCUGCCCGGCACACGGUGUCACCGGGGCACCGCCGAUCCUGCCCGGCACACGGUGUCACCGGGGCACCGCCGAUCCUGCCCGGCACACGGUGUCACCGGGGCACCGCCGAUCCUGCCCGGCACACGGUGUCACCGGGGCACCGCCGAUCCUGCCCGGCACACGGUGUCACCGGGGCACCGCCGAUCCUGCCCGGCACACGGUGUCACCGGGGCACCGCCGAUCCUGCCCGGCACACGGUGUCACCGGGGCACCGCCGAUCCUGCCCGGCACACGGUGUCACCGGGGCACCGCCGAUCCUGCCCGGCACACGGUGUCACCGGGGCACCGCCGAUCCUGCCCGGCACACGGUGUCACCGGGGCACCGCCGAUCCUGCCCGGCACACGGUGUCACCGGGGCACCGCCGAUCCUGCCCGGCACACGGUGUCACCGGGGCACCGCCGAUCCUGCCCGGCACACGGUGUCACCGGGGCACCGCCGAUCCUGCCCGGCACACGGUGUCACCGGGGCACCGCCGAUCCUGCCCGGCACACGGUGUCACCGGGGCACCGCCGAUCCUGCCCGGCACACGGUGUCACCGGGGCACCGCCGAUCCUGCCCGGCACACGGUGUCACCGGGGCACCGCCGAUCCUGCCCGGCACACGGUGUCACCGGGGCACCGCCGAUCCUGCCCGGCACACGGUGUCACCGGGGCACCGCCGAUCCUGCCCGGCACACGGUGUCACCGGGGCACCGCCGAUCCUGCCCGGCACACGGUGUCACCGGGGCACCGCCGAUCCUGCCCGGCACACGGUGUCACCGGGGCACCGCCGAUCCUGCCCGGCACACGGUGUCACCGGGGCACCGCCGAUCCUGCCCGGCACACGGUGUCACCGGGGCACCGCCGAUCCUGCCCGGCACACGGUGUCACCGGGGCACCGCCGAUCCUGCCCGGCACACGGUGUCACCGGGGCACCGCCGAUCCUGCCCGGCACACGGUGUCACCGGGGCACCGCCGAUCCUGCCCGGCACACGGUGUCACCGGGGCACCGCCGAUCCUGCCCGGCACACGGUGUCACCGGGGCACCGCCGAGCCUGCCCGGCACACGGUGUCACCGGGGCAUUGCCGAGCCAGGUGUUCUUUGCCUGCAGGAUUGGGAGCAGAUCCCAAACCACGGAGACUCUCAUGGCAAGGAAGAGUCAGAGGCUGGAGGCUUUGUCAACCAGAAGCCCUCCAGGCCCCGAGAACAGCAACCUCGACCAUCAGUGCCCAGAAAGCAACAAGAAGCCACUGGGGCAGUCCACAAUCUUGUAUGAUUACUCGGAGGAGGAGCUCAUGGCCAGCAUCGAGCGGGAGUACUGCUGCUGAGCCAGCCCCUGCCUCGGGCAUGUCGGUGCUCCUGGAAGCCCAGCUGAGCAGGACUGCUGCUGACAACACGUCUCACACAGUGGGACAGCACGGGAGAGGUGGCUGCUGCAGGGUCCUGGAGCAUAGGGCACAGAGGAGAAAGUUCACCUGGUCAGCUCCGAGUGAGAGCUUGAGGAUCUUCACCAGCUGCUGAUUUCUGACUGGUGCCACUGCAAGAGGCACCAAUUCAUCUUAAGAAUCAAUAUUUAGAAGCUCAUUUCUAAAUGCUAUUUGUAAAUGAACGUGUACUAGAAUUAAGUGUCAUACUAGAGGUGUUGAAAUGUGGUGCUUUGAAGGAAGAUCUUGCUUUGAACUUAGUUAAAAAAAAAUGCAGCAAUAUCAUCUGAUCCAGAACUUCAGAGGAUAUUGAAUGAAAUUCAUGUUUCUGCCACUUAAAAUGUGCCAAAUGUACUCCUUGAGCUGUGCAAGCCUCAGGUCCAGGUCUGAAUUUGGCACUGUCUCUUUCAAUCUGAUCCCCAGUGUGGGGGAUAAGAGGAAAGGGGAUGGGAGCCCACCAUCUAGUGCAUAGGCAGUGUAAUCCCAGAGUUCAAAUCCCACCACACUGGCAAAUUAGGAACACAGGAUUUGUAUGAUCCCUUUGGAGCAGGGUCCCAGCAUAGGUGUCCUACCUGGGGCUCUUGGGUUUGGAUCCAUCCCAGUGAUAGGAGUGAAAGCAGGAGGCACAUCCCCAUUUCAGUCAUCCUUCUCAAGAGGGACUUGCAUGCUCUCAUAGAGCAGCUGUUUGGGAUUGGUUUUCAGAAUUGCCACUCCUGGCCUUUCCCUAAUAUUUCUUGUCCUACAAGAAAAAUCACUGCAUUUUACCAUUAGCUGAUUGCAAAGUAAACCAGAAAGUUCUCUCUCCUAAGGAAACAGUAUUUUCAGUGCUCCCAGACAAGGCAGCCUGGUAUUUUGGGUUUCUGCUUUUAUUAUACCUGCAUCUUAACAUAUUAUGAGUAUCUGCUUAUUAUCAGACGUAGAAAAAUACUUUAUUUCUGUCUUCACCUGAAGCAUAAAAGGCAUCAGAUGAAAUUUUCACGAUGUGUAAAUGCAAAAAAAACCCUGCAGGACACCUCUUAAGAUGCUGUAUUUUAAAUACUUUAUGAUUCCUUGGACCUGUGAAACAGUAA